AAAACUAUCUUUAUAGGCACGUUUUAUUUACGUUCUUGGGCUCUUGUAAGAGUAAGGACUCAUUUGUUGGAUUUUGGACCGUAUAUUACCUAUGGUUCUCCUUUUGGACUAUGUAAAACAGCAUUUUCUUCACGUAAACAAACCGGUUUGGCCUUCCACUCUUGAACGUUACCUGCUUUACGCGGUACUUGAGUCAAGUUCCCGUGUCAGUGUCACCUUACUUUGCUAUUUGUUUAGUUUUUUCCGCUGUCGGAUUAUUUACACUUCAAGACAGAUCAGUCCCAGGCAGUAAAUGGGACUCCUCAGAUCUGUGAUGUGUACAUGAAUCCAGCAUGGCUGACACCAGACAAGAUUCAACACCUAGAGUGCCAAAGAGUGCCUAGAGUGACAAAAAUAAUACAAAAAUAGCCUUUACAAAGAUAAUAAUGCUCACAAAAGGCUGAAAAUGUGGCAAAACAUGUACCUCUGCUGUUUUGCUUGCGCUACUAUUUUUCUGGCAAAUAGACUGUGAUUAAAACCCAGAGUUCGACCCCAUAAUUGGAUUGAUUUGACAUUUCUCACACAUCUCAAUACACUACAACACACUCACUGUAGCUGUAGGGUCAAAUGACCAUGAAACCUGGGACACACCAUCACAUGUCUGUAAAAUGUUAGCAAAAUUGGUUUAAAAACAUGGGAUGGUGUGACUUCAAAGAAAAUAUUCGGUUCAAAACUUCCUGGGAGUGUGAGCAUUAUUAGAUGAUUAAAGGACUUUGAUCUUUUUCUUCGUUUUAUAAAAGUAUCGUGGUCUUCUAAAAAAAUUGACAGAAAAUGAAAAUAGUUGAAAACCUCCAAUGUAGUUGUCCAAUAAGCCAAACAAGAUGCAUAUUUACCUUCUUCGUCGGCCAUAAUCAGCUUGUUUCGUCAUGAUGAUAGGCUCGUCUUUAUCAGAUCUUUUGUGGGUUUUUGGGGUGUGACUUCAGGUAAACCAUUGGCUUGAAAAAAAUCGACUACCAGUAUGUUUGCAUUAUUAAAGGGCUUUGGUCUUCUUUCUCUGAGUUCAGUGUUUCCUUCUUCUAUGGUUAAUUGUUUUCUUCUACUGAUUAUUUUACAUUCAUGUCGCUAACUGAUGAUGUAGCUAAUGCUAAACGGCCGCCUUGUUUUCAUACACUUGUGUAUGUAAUUCUCUUAAAUGGUUUUAGGAAAAGUUUUUUUUGUACAGCUUUUUUUUUACUCAAGGAAGGAGGGAAACAGCGAGAGGCUCAUUAUCACGUGAAAGUACAUUGCGGGGUGCUGAUUGGCUCAUGAAUAAAUCAUGAGCAAUGCAAAGAGGAGGAGAUAGUUUCAGUUUGGAUGUAGUUUGUGUGCGUCACUUUCAUGGCAGUGAGGAGGAGGAAGAACAGAGCAGUGCAUGGAUCCUUGCUGUCACUGGAGAUACUCUGCAUGCAUCGAGUAGCAGAACGAGGCAUGGCUGCGAACCCGUUUCGGGCCACCCAAAUCUGGAGCAGCAUCAUCUCCUAUCUCCACACCCACGUGGAGGUCAAGAGGCGGCGCCACAACCUUAAGUCCUAUCAGGACUGCUUCCUGGGCUCGGAGGCCGUGGACACCGUAUUGGCUCACAUCACCUUAAAUCGCUUCUUCGGCGACGUGGCUGUCCCUCGCCACAAGGCCGUCCGUCUCUGUCAAGCUCUGAUGGACUCGAGGGUCUUUGAGCCAGUGGGCGUCAAAGUGUUCGGCAAGGAAAAGAAGCGGGUGACGUUCGAGGACAGCAGCUGUAGUUUGUACAGGUUCCUGAACCUGACUACCGGCUCGUCGCCGCUGAGCAACAAGUCCACCUCCAGUGGGACCGUAGAGAGCGGCUAUGACUCUCCAAGCAUGAACAGAAACACACACAACUACAGUCCUUCAUGUGAAAGACAAGAGAUACCCAGCUACUCCACCCACUCGCCAGUUAGAAAAGGGAAAGCAGUGGAGGACAUGCUGAGAAAUCUCAACCUGAGCUCCACCGUCACCCCUCUGAUGAUCAACCUGGGCCUCUCACGGGAGCUCGUGGAUGAGGUGUGGCACCAGCAGGCUGUGUACAGGCUUCUGCAGCUUAUCGAGGUCCCGCUGUUGGAGGACUUGCUGGAGGGAAAGGACGCGGCGCGGUCUUCCUUGUAUACCGUGGACAGCAACUCGGACCUGAUGUUGACAUCAAGCUACUUGGACAGAGAAGUGCUCAAGGCCUUCAGUGAGGCACAUGAAGAUGAGUGGAUGUCAGGCGCAGUGGACUGUCUGGAGUUUCUCCCCGAUGAACAAGUGGUGGAGGUUAGUCGAGGUUUGGCAGGCCGUGCCAGCGACCUUGUCCAGUGUAAGAGGCUGCUUUACGAUGUCCUGGCCCAGCAUUACGCCCAAGCCGACCAGCCGCCUUUGCUGAACAACCAUGUAUUUGACAUCCACUCGGGCAUCUCAGAGCUUCUAGUGAACGGUAAGCUGGAACAAGCUCUGGAGGCUCUGCAGCUCAGCCUGAAGCUGCAGGACCCUCGCUGCAGGGAGGAGCUCCGACGGCUCCUGAGGUUCAUGGCUAUUGCCGCCAGAACGCAGGACAUCAAACUUCACAAAGAGAUUGAGAACCGCAUGGCAGUGAAAAGGUCGUUCUCCAGUGCCAUCGUCUACAGCAGAAGACUCUCCAAAGGCAAAGUGGACCUGAUGGUUCUGUUUAUGAUGGACAACCACUGUGAUCUGUUCAAAGUUCCCGUUUCCUUACAUAAGAUGGUGAGCGACAGAUUAAAAAACAUCGUCAAAGGCAAGGAUGCAGAUGUUAUAACCGGAUCCACAUAUUGCACAAUACAGAGUACGGCGGUUUACUCGGAAAAUAGGGAAAAACACACCAAAGAGGAACUGCGGUCGUUACUGAGGACUAUCCACGAGAACCCCAACGUGCCUCCCAAAGAAAAGCGACGUCUCCUGGGACAGUUUUACAAAGGACACCCGGACAUUUUUGUGCAGUAUUUUGGCAAUAAGAUCUCCAGCAUGAACGUGGUACUACAGUAAUAUUUUAUUUUGGUGUACUACAAUGAUGUACAUUUGAAGAUAUGGACUGCCUUUCUGUAAAAAGUCUGUUGACUAAGAAUGUGGAUUAAGCUGUGAUAUUUUUGAUGUUUGGGAAGUUAGUUCAAUAUAUAUAUUGUAUGGGCAAAAGAUUGGGACACCUACAGGAAAUUGAAGAUAUGGAAGUUGUUCUACAUUUGGAGCUUCCACUCUACCAGGAUUUUGGGAGUGCGUCUAGGAAUUUUUGUCAGUCUUCCACACCAAACCUAGGCCUUCCCCGAAAUGAAACAACAACAACAAAGAGGUGCACCCCAAUACUUUUUAGUCAGCGUAUCACGUUUAAUUCUUUUUAAAUAACUGUUGUUCUUUCAUCAGUAAGCUAAUUUAUUUCUUUUUAAAUAGCUUUUGUUCUUUCAUAAGUAAGCUAAGUAUGAAUGUCAGUACUUUGCAAUAACUAUUAUUUGGAAAAAGAGUAACCAUGUUAGAAAUAAGCAAUAAAGUGAUGCAGACCAGCUGUGUCUGCCUUCUGAAGGUAAUUUGAAAGUCUGAUGUUGCAGUGUUGUAAACAGUCAGAGUGAGUCAUAACAAUUCUCUCCCUGUGGGCAUCUGAACCUGAAAAGCCUAAUUUCAGUCACAUUGUCAAGCUUGUGUUUCCUAGAACAUGCCUGUUAUAAUUAGAAAACCUACCUUAGGCUUGUAGGAUAGGUGUAUGUAUGCACUGUAUGUGUAUUUAUAUAUUGUAAAUGAAAUUGUGCAGCUUAUAGGUUACAUUGGUUUUGGAAAAAAGCUUUUAACGAUUUGUUUUUGUUUUUACACCUACAUUUCUACAGAGGUGUACACUUUUGUAUAUCCAAUCUGUCAACUACUACCCCCCAGUGGACGUAUCGUGCAUGCACAGUCUUGACGAGAGGUGUGGUUUUGUUCAAAUGCUGUUUUUUUUUUUUUCCUUUUUACAUAGUGUAUGUUUUCCACAAAGUUUCUAUUUUAAAUAAAUUGUAAAGCACAUUUUUAACAUUAUUUUAUAUUUUUUCUCAUAAAUUUCUUUUACUUUUUUAUUGUAUGUCAAAAUACCACCCUCUUGUGGACACAUAGAGCAUCAACCAUCUGACGUGAUUUUGUAUUAUCCAACCAGAAUGUGAAAGCUCAAAACACAUGAUGGAUGUAUUGUACACUUUUAUUGAAAGGAGUCAGUGGAUGGAUCCAGUUAUCUAAAAAUAUUUGCCGUCACUGGAACAUCACAAGGCCAAAACUGAACAGAUGACUUUAAAAACUUUGUACAGUAUCUUCAUCAGUCUUUCAACAUAAAAA